AUGACUCCCAAGAUGGCUUUCUGGGGAGUAUGUCUAUCAUUUGUGACAUAUAUAACUCCACUUAAUAGGUAUUUGAACAGAAAACCAGUGCGGUUAUCUUUAACGUCUCCUAAACCAACCACAAGUAUUUUUCAUCAUCUCCUCUACCUUCUCAUUGCAGCCACGAUCGGUCCGUUUGCUGUGGGCACUGUGCUGGCGUGGAUGUCACCGGCGUUGCCCAUGCUGUUGUCCGCGGACUCAAAGAUCAAGAUGACGGCUGAUCAGGGGUCGUGGGUGGGUUCCUUGAUCGCCAUCGGUGCCAUCUUCGGGUCAAUACCGGCGGGCAGGACCGCUGACUUAAUCGGCCGAAAACCCGUCAUCGCCUUCCUGUCCCUGCCUUUCAUCAUCAGCUGGUCAAUGAUUUACUUCGCGACAGAGGUCUGGCAUCUAUACGUGGCGCGUCUGAUUGCCGGCACCUGCCUCGGAGGCAUCACCGCAACCGUCCCUAUGUACAUCGGCGAGAUAGCCGAGAAGUCCAUCAGAGGUGAGCUGACCUCUUUCGUUCAGGUAAACGUGACGCUGGGCAUAUUGUACGUUUACUCGAUCGGUCCGUUCGUGAAUUACGCGGGGCUGGCUAUCAUGUGCGGCAUAUUACCAGCUAUCUGGUUCGUCCUGGUACUGUUGGUGGUGCCAGAAUCUCCAACGUAUCUUUGGCGAUCCGGAAAGAGGAAGGAAGCAGAAGAUGUGUUGAUUAUCUUGCGUGGCAAAGACUACGACACUUCCGACGAGCUGGCGGCGCUGCAGAAGGAUCUCGAGGAGAAGAAGCCCAACAGCAAGUUAUCGGAAAUGAUAAAAUCCAAGCCCACGUUACGCGCGGCAUUCACAGUUUUGGGACUGCUUGGGUUUCUGUCAUGUUCCGGUAUCAACGUGGUAAUAUUCUACGCCGAGUCCAUAUUCAAGGGCAGCAACAGCAUGAUUUCCCCGAAAGCCUGCUCCAUCGUCAUCGGGGUCCUUCAAGUCGUAUUCACUUUCGCGUCCUCGCAGCUGGUGGACAGGGCUGGCCGGCGGGUGUUGUUGCUGAUCUCCGAUUCGGUGAUGGCCAUGUGCCUCGGUUCCCUGGCCUUCUACUUCUAUCAACAGGAGCGCGGCGUCGACGUGUCUGCGUUUAGUCUGGUACCGCUCAUCAGCUUGGGAAUUUAUAUCAGCACCUUCGCGCUGGGUUUCGGCCCAAUACCGGGGGUCAUGAUUGGAGAGCUGUUCAGCCCGGAAUUCAAGGGACUGGCAAUCGGCAUCGUGUGCGUGCUCGCGUCGUUGAUUGAGUUCUGCGUUGUCAAGUCGUAUCAUACCCUGUUGAAUCACUACAACCGCGGUGUUACGUUCGGAUUUUUCGCUUGCUGUUGCGUGGUGGGCACCUGUUUCGUGUUCUUCCUGGUGCCGGAGACAAAGAACAAGUCUCUACAGGAAAUCCAGGAGGAGCUCGCUGGUAAAAAGAGGUCGGCCAACCAGACGCAGGUUGUCAGCGUUUAGAUUGCCUGAACUAAU